GAUAAGAAGGUAAACGUGAGUAAAAAUAAUACGCAGCAGAAAGUUGACGUGUUAAUACGUGUUUGUGUUUACACUUGCAACAUAUUGCACAAAAAUGUCUAGCCCAGGCAAGAGCGAAUGCGAACUGAAAGCCGGUCAUCCCCCUGCAGUCAAAGCUGGCGGCAUGAGGAUCACGCAGCACAAGACCCGGAAAGACUCGGGAGGUUUGACUGAAGACACCACAGGAAUCACGAUUUCAGGCAGUCCUCCUAAGCCAACGACCAUCUCUGGGGCCAUUCCUAAAGGUCACGCAGAUUUUCCGGCAGAAGCCGUGCAGAGCUUCCACAAAGAAAAACCUGCUGUUAAUCAUCCAAUGAAACCGCAGUGCCCCAUCCAGCAGCCCAGAAAGUAGGGUUUUCUUGAUGAUUCCAACAAAGUCGCACUAUAUUUUUUACAUUUCUAUUAAUAGAUAUAAAGACAGUUUCCUAUACUAUAGUAACAUGGUUUGGGGAUGGUUAUUAUUAUUGAUAUAAAUAUAAUUUACUUUGUUAUCAUGUUCCAAUCAUUUCUAUUUAAUAGAAUAGUUUUCAAAA